UAUCUCUAGAAAAUGCUUGGAGGUUAUCAAGAGGAGGAAUGGAAGAGUUCUUAGGCUUUCUAGAAAACUCUCCACCUCUCCAGCAGAAGGUCGUGAUGGAAGAUCAGAAAGAACGGAUCAGACUGACGGCCUGCAUCCAGAACCUGCAGGAGAGAAUCAGGUUCACUGAGCUAAACCUGAGAGAUGUGGAACGAACUCAAGAGGCUCUUUGUAUUAACAAACAGAAGAUGACAGAUUUAAUAAAAAAAUACACUAAAAAUUUGAAUGUACUUAUUCCUGAGACCUACAAAGAUAUGGAGCCUCUUAGAGAUGAAACAUGUGGUUCAGACACAGCUGUCAUCUGUCUUGUCUGUAAGGAGAACUGUCACUAUCCUGGAUGCACAAAGGCUUUAAAUGCUCAACAAUGUGAAGUGAUGAUAAAUGGAAAAUGUACUUCAUGCACCAACACGUGUCCUGCAUCAGAACAUGUGAAACAAAACUUGAGAUUUGUGAUCAAGACCAAGAUGGUUGAGAGGAGUCAGGAAGCCCUGGAACAACAAUAUAAACAGGAAGCAGGAGAGAAGAAGGUGAAGCUUUCAGAAAGACUUGAAAAGGAGAAAAUGAAACUAACAACAAAGAAGAGACAAUUAAUAAAUGAAGCGUAUGGGCUUUUCAUCCAACUGCAAGAGUUAGCUAAGAAUGAUGAUUCAAUUGAUGAUUUUCCACUUGUGUCAUCUGUGACUUCCUCAUGAACAAGAUGAAAGGACCAGGAGAUGAAGAAAAGUUACAGAAACUGGAGGAAAUAUACAACCAAAUGGACGAGGGAACCAGAACAUCGCUACAACUCAAGAAGGGAAUGCCCUCAUCUAAUCAGGAGGCUUUGAUCUCAGAAAGUGUUCAGAUCCAUGAAGGUCCUCCUGCUGUCUACCAGGUGAUACCAAAGAAAGAGAUGAUGGGAACUCUGAGCAGACUGACGGUUGGAGAGGAAGAUGAGAGGAAGACCAAUAAAACCAUCUUACUGGUUGGUGAAACUGGAACAGGAAAAUCUACUCUAAUCAACGCUCUGUUCAACUUCGCUGUGGGAGUGAAGUUUGAGGAUAAUGUCUGGUUUCAGAUAGUAGAGGAUGAGAAAAGAGAUCAAACAGAAAGUCAGACAUUAGAUGUGAUUGUCUAUCAGAUCUUUGGUUUUGAAGGUCAAACUCUGCCGUUCUCUCUGACCAUCAUCGAUACUCCUGGAUAUGGAAGCACCAGAGGGAUUGAAGAAGAUAACUCUGUCAGUCAAAGAUUGUUGGAUUUGUUUCGAUCAGAGGAUGGAGUUCAUCAGAUCAAUGCAGUGGGUCUGGUAAUGAAGGCCAGUGAUAACAGACUGAGUGACCGACUGAGAUACAUCUUUGAUUCAGUGACGUCUCUGUUUGGAAACGACCUGGAGAGAAACAUUGUAACUCUGAUCACUCACUCUGAUGGAAAAACACCUGAAAAUGUUCUUCAGGCUCUGGAAAAGGCAAAGAUUAAAUGUUCUAAAAAUGAGAAGAAUCAACCUGCUCACUUCCUGUUUAAUAACCAGCAGAAGCAACAGAGAUACACAGAGAAAGAUAUAAAUGCUUCAAAAUACUCCUGGGACUUUACAAAUGAAGAAAUGGGUCAUUUGAGAGACUUUCUGAAAAACACCAAACCUCAACCACUGAAAACAACAGUGGAGGUUCUGAAUGAACGGAUCAGACUGACGGCCUGCAUCCAGAACCUGAAGGAGAGAAUCGAGCUGAAUGAACAGAAACAGAAUGAAAUAAAACAGAUUAAAGAAGCUUAUAAUAAACAUGAAGCUGAGAUGGAGAAGAACAAGAACUUCACUAUACAAGUUGAUGAACCGUACAAAGAGAAAGAAACAAUCAGUGGAGGAAAGUGGGGGUUAUGGUUUUAUAAAGGAGCCGUCACCUGUGAUAUUUGUGAGGAGAACUGUCACUACCCUGGAUGCACAAUAGCCUGGUAUCCAUCACGCUGUGAGGUCAUGAAGCGAGGUCGCUGCACAGUUUGUACCAACAAGUGUCCUGCAUCAGAUCAUGUCAAAAAAACCUGGAUAUAUGUGACAAAGACCAGAAAGGUUCAGAAGACCCUGAAUGAUGUGAAGGAGAAAUAUAAACAAAAUAAAGCAGAAUGUGAGAGCAAGGGGAGUCUUUUGGAAAACCUUGAAAAGGAAACCAGCAAACUGACAGGAGAGCUUUCAUUGCUGCUGGAUGAGGCCUUUGGUUGCGUUACCAAACUGGAGCAGAUUGCUAUGAAUGUCAACUCAGGAUCCACUUUGGUACAUCUGGACUUCCUGAUAAAGAAGAUGAGGGAAAAAGGAGACCAAGAAAAGGUCCAAGUUCUGGAGAAGCUGAAGAUCAGGAUGGAGAAAGAAAAUGAAAGCCGAUCUCUACUGCAGAAUCCUGGGAAAUGGUUUAAGGAAGUUCUGAAUAUAAAACACUAAAAUGUUUUACUUUAAUCCUUGCAUCCAAGCUAAACAUGAUGUAUCAAAAUCAUUAGCAUUCAGAAACAAUAUUACUAAAUAAAACAUAAAAAUCCAUAGCUAUAAACCAAAAUUUACCAUGUGAAUUUAUUCAGAAACGUUUUGCAGUAUAGCUGUUUUUAGUGUUGCUUAUUAAUUUGUUCAAAUCUAAAAAGCUUAAAAUUAGUUUUUCCUUUUUUAAGUGUUUAUAUAAUAAACUCAAAUACAGCAUAAUAUUUUACUAUAUAAAGAUUUUAUUACAAAGAUGAACUUUAGUUUGGAUCAACUUCAAGUUUAACUGUUAAAUAAAAACGUUGCAGUUUUAACUUGCAGUUAUACCAUUAACUGAUAAAAUACUUGUUUCUAUGAUUUGUUUUAGUUUUGAUGUUUCUCUUGUAUUAUUUCACUGGAUCCUUUAUGUUAAUAUUUUGUCUAAAAUAACAGUUUCUGAAUUUAGACUCAGUGAUAAAAUCUUCUAAUUAAAGUUUUUACAGCUCAGUGAGGGACCAGACUCAAACCAGGACAAAAAAUGUUCAAAGUAGAAAAAGUUUCAAUUUAAUUCUUCCAAAAAUAGUUAAAGCAGAAAGAUUUAAUGCAAGAAUGAGUCAAAGGAUAAGAAACACAUUUAGGCCCAAUUUAUCUGAGGUCAACUGAACUUUAACUGAACACAAACAAAACUGACCUGCAAACAGAAGAAAAGGCUUAAAUAUGGGUGGAGUGACCUAGAACUACCACCAGAGGGAGACACAACAUAACAAAAGAACCAACAAAUACAAAAUUAACUAAAGCGUACGAUGAAACAAAUAAAGCAAAACUAACUUUAACUUAGUACAAAUAAUAAGUGAAUAUUUAAGUGAUAAAAUUAACUAAUUAAAAUCAACUUGAAACAACAAAGUCUCCCUCAGAAAAACAAAUGUUUGUUCCAGGUUUCCUGCUGGUUUUUAUCAGCAGCACCACAAACAAAAGAACAAGUGUAAAUAAACCAAUCAGACAGACAUUAACUAAAGUGUGCAUCCAUUAGAAAAUAUGUCUAAAUAAAAUAAUUAACUUAAACAGACUAAAAGCUGUAACUAAUAUAAAGACAAAUUAAAUACUAACACGAUGUGGAGGUAGGAACAUCCACCACAAACUCACUGACUUUCAAAGGGUCAAAUUUGUCUAGAGUUUUGUAAAAUACUUAAACUUAAGUUAUCACCAUGGAUUCUCAUCACAUAUGAGAACAGAAUUUAAACAUUUGACAUCAUGCACUCUAGAUGGAAAUAUUUAGAAGAUAGUAUAAGAUGAAAAUGAUUCACUGCGGAAACCUGUUAAGAAAAAACCAAAAGCAAAAUAAGUUGAAGAUAUUUAGAUUUGUUGUUCUAAACUUCAUCAUAUUGCGUUAUGUCAGAAUGAGGUGAGCGCUCUUCAAAUCAUCUUAAAACUGUAUAUAGAAAAACAAAAUUUUCUUCCUUCAUAUUAAUCAAUAUGCAUUUUAUUUUUAAAUAAUCAGUUUGUCUUGUUUGAAUGAUUUUUUAUGUGUUAAAUUCUGAAUAAUUUCAGGGAGAAAAACUUAAAAAGGCUGACAGACAGAUGAAGCAUCUGAGCAAAGAUGAAAAUCUGUUUACUUUAAAAUGGCUGAAGUGAAAAAUAAACAUUUUCACACGAAGUCAGGAUGUGAUGCUUCAAGUAUAAAGGAACAUAAACAGAAAGGUUAUUGUUACCCAGCAGGACCUUCAUGGGUUUUUAUUGGAGUCGAAGAUUUGACUGGAUUAACAGUGGAAACCAGUAGAGCUUCUCCUGAAAUGUGACUGAAGUUUCUGUGCUGUAAUGUUCUGAUGAUAAUUUAUAAAAUUAAGUUUUCAUCUCUCUGUUCAUCCUGUGGGAACUGGACCGGUUGAAAGAAAUCACCCACCAAGGUCCAACCAGGUUUUAAUUUACUUUUGGUUUUACUGAAUAUUUCCAUCGUUUUGUGAUUUACUCCAUAUAUUUUUGAUUUUUUGUUGAUUUCUUUUUCCAUGUUCUCUAAUCUUUCUCAGCUGUUUAAUUGAAUUGUGUUCUGUUUCUGCUAAAGCUUUGCAAUAAAGGACAAUUAAAUCAGAA